AAAGUGACUAAAUGUGUUUUAGUUCUUCUUGAACGAGUAUUUCUGCGCAUUGGUGCAGCAGACACGGGAAUGAACAAACUGGAGCAGUGCUUGAACAAGUUUCAUACCGCCAGUUUUGUUAAAGUUAUCAAGCCAGCAAGAAGAGGUCAGGAAAAAGGUUAUGGAACUCCUGACACACAUCAACAAGAGGGUCAAAUCUCGUCCUCUGGUACAGUUGCCUGUAGAGGCUCUGUUGGUACAGUACCAAGACCCGGCAGGCAGCAAGCGUCUUUCUCACGAACUUCACAAUUAUUUAUAUAAAGAUGGGAUUUCCAAGAUUACCAGCACAGAGGCAAGGGGAACUGAUUGUUUCCCUCCUAAACUCGUUGGAAAGUAAACCACAAGCACAUCAAGAAAGCUUAUUGCUGUUAGUGGUACAAGCAUUACAACACGUGCAGUGGCCUUCAGAUCCAGCUAAAAGGCAGUCUAUGUUCUACCUUUCUGAGAAACCGACUGUGAAGAAACUCCUAAUUCAAACUCUUCUCGACGUACUACUUAUGCCCUACGGUUGGGCUACAAUGCCACCAGUGCCUCCAGGAUUAAGUGAAUACACGUAUAAAAAAAUUCUAACCGACCUAGGUUCUUCUCAGUCAGCAGAUUAUUUGGAACAGCUGAAACUGGGCAUAAUAAAGUUCCUGUCUAAUGACGCUCUGAGCGACGGAGAGGAGACGUUGUGUCCGCUCAUCGUCGGAGCGGCUGAUGCAAGGUUCGCAGUCACCAAUGCUGCUGAAUUACAGCUUCGAAAAAUAAUGGGAGGUAUAGAGUGGGAGAAUGCCACUGUGUUGUCACCCCUGUUCGCUGUCUACAUGGGCAGUAAGGAAGGAACACCCGAUAAACACAAGGAACCGGCCAGCACUAGACUCCGCCUCAAGUUACUCCCUUACAUCUGCAAAGCCAGGAAACAGGCCAUUCUGUGGCCCAUCAGUGUCAGGGUGUUGUUUGAUUCAUUAUAUGGUGAGAACACACACGUCAAGUUGAAAGCCCAAGCCUUGACAUUCUUCUCAGUCAUCAUUCAACAAGUGAGUGCAAGUCAACUGAGUGUCGUGGCCAAUGUCCUGUUGACGUCAGGGCUGAUGAAGCUCAUAGCCGAGUCCGACAACGAGCCGAGCCUUAAGCAGCAAGCCUACCUGACUGCCGGCCAGCUGGUCACCAAGGUGCCUGCUCUCGUCAAGAAGGACCUGUCACUUCUGCAGACGCUUUUCACAGUUCUCUGCCAGGAGGAGAACAACGAGGUGCGAAUGUCUGUGAGGGAAGCUCUGCUGACAAUGGCCUCAGCAUUCUCAGUGGACUCUGCUGAUCAGAGCCUAUUACUGGCACUGCUAACUACGCAGGUAGAGUCCCCAUCACCCGCUGCUAGGCUAGUGGCUGUGCGAUACCUGGCCACAGUGUGUUCCCCCACACCCACGCCCUGUCACGUGUUUACCUGCUUAUAGCCACUGGAGACAGCCAAGAAGAGAUCUCAAACGAAGCUCUGAAGUCACUGUAUGGAGCUGGCUACAAGAUAAGCAGCGAAGGCAAGAGUGACUCGGUGUCAGAGGUGAAGUUCCCAGACUUUGUAGAGAUGGUGACCAAUAUCCUGGAG